CUUUUGUCAAUCACCAAUGACAUCAAUGUCAAGUAGUUGUCAAAAAUAUAAAUAAACUUGAGUUGCUUCGUGAAAUUAAUUUAUUUUCCUUGAAUUGAAAUAAUUAAAGUCAAACACAUAAACUAUUAGUUUGAUGUGUUGAACAUGCCAUAUUAAUAUAACCGCCGAUCCCAGACAUAAUGAUUCGUCAAGGAAGUAUUGACGAUAUCAAUACUCAACAAUUUUUAAAGAUUUCUAAUUAUGAAGACACAGUCCGUCAGCUGGAUAUAUACUAUGCCAUAGUGAAAAGGCAGUUAUUAAGAUUUCAAAGUCCUAUAACAGGAUUAUUUCCAGUUUUAUCAUCAGACCUCCACAUAGGCAGUGUGAGAGAUAGUAUUUACUGUGCAUCUGCUGUGUGGGGACUAUAUCAAGCAUACAGACGCAUUGAUGAUGACCGAGGUAAAUCUUAUGAACUGGGUCAGAGCACUGUGAAAUGUAUGCGUGGUAUACUUGAGUGUUGGGUGAAGCAGUCGGCGCGAGUGGAGGCAUUUAAAACACGACAGAGCGCCGCACACGCGCUACAUGUCAAGUUCCACCUUACCACAGGGGAGCCAGUGCUCACAGAUGAACAAUAUCAUCAUCUACAAAUAGAUGUUGUCUCCUUAUAUUUACUGUUCCUUGUACAAAUGAUCACAUCAGGACUACAAAUUAUUUAUACCCAAGAUGAAGUGGCAUUUGUUCAAAACCUAGUAUACUAUGUAGAACGAGCAUACAGAACACCAGACUAUGGUAUGUGGGAGAGAGGAUCUAAAUAUAAUGAUGGCAAGCCAGAAAUUCAUGCCUCUUCAAUUGGUAUGGCAAAGGCAGCUUUAGAAGCCAUCAAUGGAUGCAAUCUUUUUGGUGAUAAGGGAGCAUCAUGGAGUGUAGUUUAUGUAGAUAUUGACGCCCAUAAUCGCAACCGAAGUAUUUUUGAAACAAUGCUACCACGCGAGUCGAGUUCCAAGGGGGUUGACGCCGCAUUAUUGCCAACAGUAUCGUUCCCAGCAUUCGCAACACACGAAGAACAUUUAGUUCAGUUGACGAAAAACAAUAUUUUAAGACGUUUGCAAGGGAAAUGUGGAUUCAAGAGGUUUAGUCGUGAUGGGUAUAAGUGCGUGCUAGAAGAUCCUAAUAGGAGGUACUACCAUGAAGGCGAACUCAAAGAGUUUGAUGGUAUCGAGUCAGAGUGGCCCUUGUUCUAUGUAAUGAUGAUCAUUGAUGGCGUGUUCCGCACCCUGCCUGAUCAGGUCGAAGAAUACCAGAAACUAUUGAAAGCCAGGAUUUAUAUGGAUGAGUUUGGAGACCCAGUAAUUCCUUGGUACUAUUAUGUACCUCGAGAAGGCAUUGAAAACGAACGGAAUGAACCGAAUUCAGUUAGACGAUUGCCAGCAAAUCAUCCGAGUGACGGUAACGACAAAGACACAGGUGGGUUGUUCCUGUGGGCGCAGUCGUUGUUCGUGUUGGCACAGUUGUUGACUGGCGGACUGCUGCAUGUGAACGAGCUGGAUCCCAUCAGGAGAUAUCUUCCUUCGUACAAUAGACCGCGCCGUGCCGGCCGGUACUCUGCCUUUCAGGGCAUAGCUACUGAUCUAGUAGUCCAAGUAGUGUUGAUAGCUGAGUCUAUGCGUCUCCAAGCCAUGAUGGGGACUUACGGUAUACAGACACAGACACCACACGAAGUUGAACCCGUUCAGGUGUGCAGUUCCACGCAGUUGGUGCACGUGUACAGGGAAUUGGGAAUAUGCCCCAAACUGAAGCUCACAGGACGUCCAAUAAGACCCGUGGGCUCCCUCGGUACCAGUAAGAUAUAUAGAGUGUGCGGAAUGACGGUGCUAUGCUACCCGCUCAUAUUUGAAGUGUCCGAGUUCUACCUCUACAGAGACAUGGCCCUGCUCAUUGACGACAUCAAGACUGAACUACAAUUUGUUGGCAAGUACUGGCGCCUGUCCGGUCGGCCGACCGUGUGCCUGCUGGUCCGCGAGGAACACAUGCGCGACCCCCACUUCAAGCACAUGCUCGACCUCUUCGCCAUGCUCAAGAAGGGACACUGCGAUGGCGUCAAAGUACGCCUCGGGAGAUUGCAGAACUUGAUCUCUAGCUCUUGUAUGGAACAUCUGGACUUCAUGAGCCAAGGCGAGUUUCCUUCGGAGAUGUUCACUCAGUUCAGACAGUUGGAACACGAGUACAUCGGGUACCAGUCUUUGACGGACGUCCCUCGCACCCUCACGUACCGCGAGGAGAAUCUCUCGUACGAGUCGUACAAGCAUCGCUCCACGCCCGACGUGGUCUCCGCGCUCAGGUCCGUCGACAACAUCUUCGCUCAGUGCCAACUCUGGGGCAUACUCAUUGAAAGAGAGGGCCCUAUGUUUGAGGUAAACGGCACGAACGCGCUGGAGUCCCUGAAGAGCCUGUACCACAGCGCGGGCGUGCUGCGACACUGGCGCGCCGUCCGCUACUGCUCGUCGCUACUCAACCACACCGUCGACUCCAUCAGCCCCUUCAUCACCACCGUGCUCGUCAAUGGCAAGCAGCUGACUGUGGGUGUGAUUGGUCAGAAGGAGACGGUAUUCGACAAGCCCAUGACUCCCGGCGAAAUACAGUCGGUUAUGUACUCCACUAUACAACCAUACGACGUCAUCGGUGCAGUAUUACAACAGGAAAUCGUGUUAUAUUGCGGACGGCUGAUAGGAACGAACCCGGACAUGUUCCGAGGUAUCCUGAAGAUCCGUGUGGGCUGGGUGCUGGAGGCCAUCCGUAUUUACCUGGAGCUGUUCCCCAACGAGAAGCGCGCGGACGGGUCGCUGGAGAGCCUCUCGCCUUACAAACUCCGCACGCUACUACAGCAAGUUCUCACUGUUUCCGACUGGGCAGAGGAGAGAGGUUUGACUCCGCUACAAAGACGACAGCUGGAAGGAUGUCUGUGUCGAGUGCCAAAACAUUUCUACAUACAAGUUUGGGAUAUAUUGUUGCGGACACCUAAAGGGAUUAUUAUUCAGGGCCAGUGGAUCCCGGCGGAGCCGACGCUGGUGAACAUGUCGCGGUCGGAGCUGUCGUUCGCGCUGGUGGUGGAGGCGGCGCUGGUCCGCGUGGCGCCGCCCGCGCGCCGCCAGCUGUGCGUGGAGCUGCUGUGCGUGCUGGCCACCAUCCUGCGCCGCAACCCCGAGCUCUACCUGCAGCAGCCGCUGCACAUCGACCAACUCGUCGACGACGCGCAGCUCACCUUCGCCAAGGAUAGCGGAGUGUCGGACAGCAACGCGCUGAGCAGCGCGGCGCCGGGCGUGUCGGUGGGGUACCUGGCGCGCGCCGUCGUCAACAGCGUGCUGCAGGGCGCCGCCGCCGCGCACCUCGAGCCCGCCGCGCAGCCCUCCUGUCUCGUCUCCUGACAUACUCGCCCCCGUACCACACUCCCAACACUACAUACAAACAAACGUUCAUUUCUCAAGGUUCACUUGUGUAUUCACACUUGUUCUUUUCCUAUAUUAAGUCGAGGCUGAAGACUCGCAAACUUUAUAAUUAUCUCAAUUUUAUUAUGUAUUGUGUCAUCGUUCUUGUCAGCUGUGCAAGAGUAAUAUUACAGCCAUUUUUAUUUUAGAUAGAUACAUGUUAUAUUUUGUCCCGACUGAAAUUUAGUUAGGGAUCUUGCAGCACAAAGUUAAAAGAUAUAAUCUUUUCAUGAUGUAGUUGUUACUAUUAAAUUUUAUAUAAAGUUUAAUAUUAAUAUAUUGAUUAAGUUCCAUACGUUGUUAGUUGUUAUUCUUAGGUAAGUGAAAUUGUUAUAUUUUUAUCUAAGUAAGUAUUAAAAUACAUUAACUAAAGACAUGUGUAUGCAUUCCUCGAUGAACCGUGUUUUGGAACCAUUGGCUUCAUUCGUAACUCAGCAUGAUCAAGUUCGCGACGCGACGGCCCAAAUGUAAAACUGAAUUGUUAAUCUGUCUAUUCUUGUAGCAUAUCAUCGUAUCAGUUCCACUCACCAUGCGAAAUCAAACGUUUAAAUGUAAACACAGGCCAGGAAUUUAUUCACAAAAUACAUACAUUAGUAGUUUACAAUGCGAAACGUAUAAAAGUAGUACUUAAUUAUUAUUUGGCCAUAAAAUGAAAACUUAUUAAUUUUAGACUCUAUAAUAUGAACCUAUGAAGGGAGAAUAUUUUAUUUUUUAUAUGAAGCGAUAUAUUUGUCGAUCUAUCCUUAGAUGUAGAAUCAUCAGUUGCAAAUAUGUUACGAAAUAAACCUGGAUUCUGAAUUUCGGAAUAUAAAAUACUGCCUCCACAUAGUUUCAUACGAAAAGAAAUAUUAUUAUGUAUAAAUGAACAGAAACUUCGAUUUAUUUUUCAUCUCAAAUGUUUGCUGUACAAACAUAUUAUACUAUAUUUUAGAAGAGCGUAUUUGUUUAUAAUUGUUUCAAAAUAAAAAGUAAUGUAUUGUGUUGUGAAAAUCUAAUCUGGUUUUAUAAAACAUGAAAAUAUUUUUAUGGAAAUAAAGAUGUAAUAUAAACAAAAUGUCUUUAUUGUUUAUUAUAAAAUAAUAAAUAAGGUUUUCCCGUAACAAUCAGGGUAAAUAAAUUGAGGAAAUGAAAAAAGCUGAUAGGCGAGUACAAUAUUAAAACCAAGACAGAGUAAAUUCGUGUGUUGAAGAAAAAAAA